UACCUUUGCUUUGUGUCUAAGAACACUUAAUUUGUGUAAAAAUAAGUACGCUAAUAUGUAUUGAUAUUACUUUGUUUACCGUAAGGUCGAGGGUUGAAUAGUUCUAGGAUCAAUUUAUAUUAUUUUUAAAAUAUUGGAGUUAUUGUGAAUUCCCUAAGAUUAUUGAGUGUGAACAAGUGAAUCACUACUGUGUAUUCUGAGACAAAUCAUUAACUGAAAUAUAAAUUACUGUUUCCGGGAAAAACAACGCUUCUUGGUUCAACACAACGCCCCAAUGCAUAUUGUGGCGUAAAGGAGUGCAAACAAUACGUAUGUUAUGGAGUCACGGUGAGCAAGCCUUGUAACGAGUGAAAGAUGUUGAAGAUUUGCGUGCUAUUGGCCCUGGUUGUGUCGGUGGCAGCUAUUCUCGAGGGGCCAAAUGUGUGCACCAGACAGGAAUCUUACGUAACAACAGUGAGGAUAUCCGAGCAGCAACCGUAUCAAGUGAAAGAAUUCUCGUGGUGCUUCAAUGUCCCACCACGGUGUUCGAAAUAUAAGAUCAAGUUCAAGCAGGUUCUAAAAACACAGACUCUCGUGAAGCAGAGGCCGGUCGAGGAAUGCUGUGAGGGCUACGCGCCGGAUUCCGAGAGGAGGCAAUGCCUGCCUGUGUGCGUGGAGCCGUGUGUCAAAGGGAAGUGUGUGGCGCCGAACACGUGUUCGUGUGCGCACGGAUACGGGGGCCCUGCGUGCGAUAUAUCUUGCGCCGUUGGUAAAUGGGGACGCCACUGUCAAAACGAUUGUCGGUGUAUGAACGGUGGUACGUGCGAGCCGCUGACAGGCGAAUGUUCCUGUGCGGCGGGCUGGCGUGGCGACGCUUGCGAAAAAGUUUGCGCGCCGCCCGCGUUCGGAGACAACUGCGAGCAAAUAUGCCAGUGCAAGAACAACGCGACGUGCCAUCCCGCCAGCGGGGCGUGCAGUUGCCCAUCGGGUUACACUGGGCCUUUAUGCGAGAAAGAGUGUCCGCCUAACGAACCGUGUCCGGUGCUGUGUCACUGCCAGAACAACGGUAAAUGCAAUCCCGUCACCAACGAAUGUGAGUGCACUUCGGGAUGGACGGGCGUAGUAUGCGCUAACAAGUGUCCGGCUGGACGGUGGGGUGAUAACUGUGCGCGGACCUGCGAAUGCGCGAACAACGCCGGCUGCGAUCACGUCACUGGCCAGUGCCAGUGUGCGGCUGGCUUUACAGGAGAUAAGUGUUUAGACCCGUGUCCACUGGGCGCGUACGGCGUGGGUUGCUUGGGCAAGUGCUCGUGCCAGCACGGCGGCGAGUGCUCGCCGCAGACCGGCGAGUGUACGUGCAAGCCGGGAUGGCGCGGCACGUGGUGCGAACAGCGCGCCUGUCCCGACGGGUUCUGGGGCAAGCAGUGCGAAAACAAUUGCCGGUGCGACCCCACUACUACUGACGAGUGCGACCCGAGGACAGGCGAGUGCGACUGCAAGGCGGGGUGGAGCGACGAGUUCUGCGAGCGACAAUGUCCCCUGCUUACUUUUGGCAAGGGCUGUCGCUCCACUUGCCGAUGCGAGAAUAGCGGACACUGCUCACCUAUUAAUGGAUCGUGCUUGUGCGCCCCCGGAUACCGCGGGCUGCGCUGCGAGGAGCCGUGCCCGUUCCCCCGGUACGGCGACAACUGCGCCGACAAAUGCGACUGCCAGAACAACGCCACGUGCUCGCACGAGACCGGCCAGUGCGACUGCAAGCCUGGAUUUGACGGACUCAAAUGUGAUCGACCGUGCGAUGGAAAAACAUUCGGUCUUAAGUGUCUUCAACGGUGCAGCUGUGAAAAUGGUGCUCCAUGCAAUCCUGUUAAUGGAGAAUGCGUAUGCGGCCCUGGCUAUGAGGGGCCCCAGUGCGAGCGUCGUUGUCGCCUAGGUUUCUACGGACAGAACUGCUCAUUGCCCUGCGAUUGCAGCAAAAACGCCAUCGGCUGUCACCAUGUCACCGGUGCUUGCAUCUGUGAGAGUAGCUGGAAAGGUGUACGUUGCGCGACUCAAUGCGAGGCGGGCAGGUUCGGUGAGCAAUGCUCAGAGCGCUGUCCCUGCGCCAACAACUCGUCGUGCGACGCCGGUACGGGGCGGUGCGUCUGUGCGGCGGGCUGGCGUGGCGAGCUCUGCGACCUGCCUUGCCUGCCCGGCACAUACGGCGUCGCCUGCAAGCAAAUCUGCCCUCACCAUAUACUCGGCAAUUCGUCAUGCGACCCGGUAACAGGCAGGAACUCUUGCCCGAGCGGUUAUACCGGCGUGACUUGCGAGUACCCUUGCCCGCUCGGUACGUACGGCGACGACUGCGGCCAGAGGUGUAACUGCAAGAACGGCGCAGAUUGCCAUCACGUUACCGGCGAGUGCCAGUGCCUGCCAGGCUGGCGGGGCGCACUGUGCGGGGAGGCCUGCCCGCCGGGCUGGUGGGGCGCCGCGUGCACGCAGCCGUGCCGAUGUGCCCGCGGCUCCGCCUGCCGCCCCAACGACGGCUACUGCCGCUGCCCGCCCGGCUACACCGGCAGCUACUGCACACAGUUUUGCCCGGUGGGCUACUUCGGCGACCACUGCAUGGAGGCUUGCAACUGUUCGUCGGAGGGCCACUGGGCCUGCGACCCGGUCACCGGCUGCGUGUGCCACCGCGGCUACAUCGGCGACCACUGCGACAUCAACGCCAGCGACGCGAUCGUCGUCGACCGCGCUAAUGUAGGUGGCUCCAACACGGGCCUGACCGUCGUGAUGGUGAUGCUGGUGGCGGCGUGCGCGGCCGGCGCCGUCCUUGUGCUGAUGUACUACCGCAAGCGCGUGCGCAACCUCAAGCGAGAGAUCGCGCACGUACACUACACCGCCGACCCGAGCUUACAGCCAGAACAACAACACUUCGAUAACCCUGUAUACUCGUUCCCGAGCACAACGCGCGGAGACGAUUCCACGACGCUCUUGAACAACGCAACGCAUAUAUUCAACAACCUUGGCUCUGGAAGCAAACUAACCAAUACUACUUUGGAGAAAUUGAGGAUGGGCGCUUCAAGUUCUAAUAACACAUAUGACCCCCUGUCCUCCCUCAAGAAUAAGGAUGCGGAUAUGACGAAUCCAAAGCUGUACCAAUGCAUCGACGAUGAUAAUAAGUUAGACCAUGUUUAUGAUGAGAUCAAACACAAAGAAGGAUAUGAAAUGGAAUACGACCAUCUCAAUUACACUCCGCCGGCGAACACUUGGAAACAGCAUUACCAGCGAAUGAAUAACGGUGUCACACCGAAUCCACAAGCGAACGUGUCGCGUGAAAACACGCCGACACCACCCAUUCCCCCCCUCCCUAAACUACACGUCGCACCCAUCCCCCCUCCUAGGGAGGAGGUGCCCACGAACCCACCGACACCGCCAAAAAGAGAGGUACCACCGGACGAUGACGUCACAAACCCGUGACAGUACCGAGUAAGUCUCGUUUGAAAUUAUGUCAAAUUCUAGACGGUUAGUUGGAAAGAGGGUACCUACUUUACCGAUGAAGUAUUACAGUAAUUAUGAUAAUUAACAACCUAAAACAUUUGCAAUUUAUUCCUAGAAACAAUGUUUUACAAAAUUUUCAUUAAUAAAAUACACGGUGACCUUGACCGGCGGCGACCGCGGUAGCCUUGGCAUUUGUACGCUUUUUUAAAGUUGCGCACGCUCGAUAUCUUGGUGUCGAUUUCGAAAUACUGUAACGUCAAAGCAAAAUGGAUCUAAUAGUGAUCGUUUUAGAGUUGCAAUCAGUAAUCUUGUUUUUUAUUUUGUUGCGCGCUUCCUGUAGAAGUGUGGAGCUGUACAACAAAUUGCCAUCAUACAAUUUGAUUCUGACGUUAACGAGUAACGACCGUCGAAACCAGACCUUAUAAUCAGAGCCGUAUAAAUCUUAUAGUAAGUGUACAGUUGGGUUUACAUCUUUAGGUCUAAAUAUGAGGUCACUGGUUACUAGGACAACUGAAAAAGGAAAAGCUCCUAGAUAAAGUUAAAACAAAUUCAAGCACGUGUAAAAGUGAGGUUGUUAUUACAAUUGGUUAGGGUUGUCAAUUUUAUAUCAAAACUGUAAUAUAUUUUACUUGAUAUUAAUAUCCUUUAUCCUUCUCAAUCGUUUCUUUUUUUUUUAUAGGUAAUGUACCAGUACCCCCUUUCUUUCGAGAGAUGAAAUAGUUUAUACCAUUUCUGAUAAAUUCUGAAUCCAAUUUUGAUAUAAGCAUAUUGUUGUCUUUAGGUAGCCUAAGUAAAUUAGGAUAGUUGUUCAAUUUAUGUGUCUGUAUAAUAUUGGCUAAUUUAUAAGUAGAAGAGUUCAAUGUUUAUCGUUUAUUUUCUAAAUUUAAAAAAAUAUAUUUUGGUAUACCCCUUUUGGCUCCUUUUGAGCGGAAUUUGAUGUCAUUGUAUAUUAUGUGGGAAAUAUUUGUUAAGGAUCUCUUGUUGUGUUUAUUUUAAUGUAUAAAAUGUUUAUUAGAUUUACUUAUAGUCGCGAUAAUUAUGUCGUGAUAACAUUAUUGAUGAUAUAGAAAACGUAUAUUAUGUUAAAGGUCGACCCCAUUAUAAAUCUUAUAUACCUUAUACCAAUAAGUAAUAUACUUUCAAACAUCCGCUUAUGAGCUGUGACCAAAUAAUUGUUCGUUAGAAACGAAAUCGGAAACUGUGGCUGAUUCUUAUUAUUAUUUCUUUGAAUCUCAUCGAACCCCUUAAAAAGUUUCUUUCAUUAUUCUUAUUUUUACAAAGGUUAUAAAAGACUCGCAUGUUGGGAAAUGACAGGCUUACAGGCCUCUUUCUUUCUAUGCUUUUUCUAUCUCGGUAGAUAAUUAAUUGUGGAUAAGCUAUGUACAAUUAUAGAUUUGCUCUUCGAUUCGCUCUUGCUUGCUUCACAUAGUAGAUUAACAUAAAUAAUACAUACACCAUAAUGCACGGCGUAGGUUUCAACCAGUACGACGUGAGCUUCCCUAGUAAAUAAAAUCGUGAGUCAUUUAUUUCUUUUAAUUAAUGUCGGGUAUAAAAAACGUCAUAUCAUUUAAAAGUUUAUAUCUUGAAGGUUGUCAUGUAGUUAAACAAAAGUUUUAUAUUCUUACAUAAAUACAAUUAUGAAAUUAAAUAAAGAGCAAGCAAUCUUUAUAUCUAGCGGAUCAAAAUUUUUACUACUAUAUUAAUUAAUAUCUUAUCGCAUUUUCUUAUCUCGAUGGUACCUUACUCUUUUUAAUGAAAAUAUUAUAGAAAAUGAGAAUUUAAUUAUUAUUAGUAAUAUAAAUAUUAAAAAGCUGAAAGUAUUACAUUGUAGUCUAUAAUAAGGGACAAAUCUAAUCUGAUUUUAAGCACCACUCGUUAGUUAAAGUGGCAUUCGCAUCUAUUCUGGUCUAAGCGUGCUUUGUUAUGUUUUGAAUGUAGACAUAAUUACUAGAGAGGAUAUUCGGAAGCUUAUUUACCUAGGACCUUUCUAAUAAUCGUGAUAAACGUUGGAAUAGUUGGUAGCGUUUUUUUUUGCUUUGACAUUUGAUGACCUCUCUGGCGCAGUGGUGAGCGCUGUCGUCUUAUAAGUGCGAGAUCCCGGGUUCGAUACCCAGCAGGUGCGAAUUUUCUCUAGUCCGGUCUGAUGGGAGUCUCUUAGGCUCUGGCUAGUUACCACCCUACCGACAAACACUUGCCGCGAUUUAGUGGAUUUAAUGAAUUAGCGUUCCGGUACGAUGUCGCGUAGAUAACGUUUGCGGGUUUAGCUUAUAACUACCAUGCCCCUGACAGGUUAGCCCGCUAUCCGGUGAGCUUGUAGUCAAAGGCUAACUAGUAGGGAAACAAAAAGGUGCUCUCAGUAGAAAUAUACAAGAAAUACUGAGAUAACUAUUCCGACCUUCUAAAACGUUUAUUUACUCUAAUCACUAAUAUUCGCCGGAAAGCGCCUUCCUAAUAUAUUUUUUUUAAUAACUUAUGUUGUGUCAGAAAUCCCGCGAAUGCAAAUAUAAUCUAUUACGUCGUAUGACAACGACUACUAGAAUCACGUAUCAUUCAGAUGCAUGUUUUACUUAUAAAUAUAUUUUUGAAAUCCCGGAUGAAGAACCGGAUAUAACGAGAUUAUAAAUAAAAACAAUAUGAAUCUGCUUCCUUAAUAUCAUAGACUAAUAUUAUGAUUAAAUAAAUAUGCAUCCGAAUAUUCGACUUCUGACUUGAUUAUUUUGUACCUCUCGAAAGUUCUAGGAGCGACAAAAAUAAAUAUGAUUUUCGUGUAACUUAGAUUUGUCCUAGUUCUAAAGGAGAGUUAGCAAUAAUAAUAACUCUCAAAUGCUCAAUAUAAUGUUUCAAUACCACUCGUAUUUAGAAUAUCUUUAACAAAGAACUAUCAUUUAUUCUUUUUAAUUUUUUUUUUUAAUUCUUAACAAGGCUUCAAAAUAAAA